AUGACCUUCACGCCUUCCAAGAUUCUCGUGUUUGGUGCGACGGGCAACAUCGGCCUGUUCAUUACGGAGGCUUUGCUGGAUGCUAGCCCGUCAUUCGGUCAAAUUACCGUCUUUACGUCGCCGUCAACGGUGGAAAAUAAGGCAGAGCUGCUUGACGGCUGGAAGAAGAAGGGAGCAAAGAUCAUCAGCGGCAGCGUCGACGAUAAUGAGCAGGUCAAGGCUGCGUACCGGGACCACGACACCGUCGUCUCUGCCCUGGGAAGGAACGUGAUCGAGAAGCAGAUUGACCUCAUCAAGCUGGCCGAGGAAACCGACUCGGUCAAGUGGUUCUUCCCGUCAGAGUACGGCACAGAUAUCGAGUACAGUCCCAAGAGCGCCAAUGAGAAGCCUCACCAGGCCAAGCUCAAGGUCCGCAAGUACAUCCGCGAGAACGUCAAGCGGCUCAAGUACACGUACCUGGUUACGGGUCCUUAUGUCGACAUGUUCCUGUCACUCUCCCCGGUUGCACCGGAGGCCGGGGGUUACGACGUGAAGAGCAAGAAGGCCGUUUUGGUGGAAGACGGCGAGGGCAAGGUCGGCUUGAUCACCAUGAAGGACGUUGGCAAGACCCUCGUGGCCUCGCUGAGACACCCUGACGCGUCAUUCGACAAGGCGCUCAAGGUGCAGUCGUUUGUCGCGACACCCAAGGGAAUUUUGGCCGAGUUCGAGAAGCAGACUGGUGCCAAGUGGGACACCUCGUAUGUGCCGCUCCAGAAGCUGAAGGAGGCCGAGGAGAAGGCGUGGGCUGAUGGCGUGCCGUUUGCGACCAUUUUCACCCUGCGCCGCAUUUGGGCUGAGGGCGGCACGCUGUAUGAGAAGACGGACAAUGAGAGCAUCGGCGUCGGCCCGAACGAUGUUGAAACUCUGCAAGUUGCUGUCCAGCGGGCGUUGGCCAAGGCUCAGUGA